CCUCACCACCGCCGCCGCCAUUUAUAUUUCACCGCCAUUUUACGUCAACCCAGCAGAGAUCGGUUGCGAAGAUGACCCAGAUGGAAAAUCAACUGUGCAAGCUGUUUGUCGGCGGCCUCAACGUCCAGACCACCGAUGACGGGCUGCGGAAUCAUUUCGAGCAAUACGGAGCGCUCACGGACUGCGUGGUCGUGCAGAACCAGCAGCUGAAGCGCUCGCGCUGCUUCGGUUUCGUGACGUACUCGAGCCCCGAGGAGGCGGACUCGGCCAUGGCGGCCCGCCCGCACAUUCUGGACGGCAACAACGUCGAGCUGAAGCGGGCCGUGGCCCGGGAGGACGCGGGGAGGCCAGAGGCACUCGCGAAGGUGAAGAAGAUAUUCAUCGGCGGGCUUAAAGACGACAUCGAGGAGGAUCACCUGCUCGACUGCUUCUCGCAGUUCGGCGCGGUGGAGAAGGCGGAGGUGAUCACGGACAAAGAGACCGGCAAGAAGCGGGGCUUCGGCUUCGUGUAUUUCGAGGACAACGACUCGGCCGAUAAAGCCGUGGUGCUCAAGUACCACGUCAUUAACGGGCAUAAAGUGGAGGUGAAGAAAGCCCUGACCAAACAGGAGAUGCAGGCCGCGGGGAGUCGCGGUGGUCGUGGUGGCCGCGGAAGGGGGAUGGGGAGACCGCAGAACGGCUACGGCGGGCGCGGCGGAGGAUACGGUAACUACAGCGGCGGAGGCGGCGGGUAUGGAGGCAAUGACGGCUACGGCGGAGGCUACGGAGGCGGGUAUGGGGGAGGCUACGGGGACCAAAUGGAGGGCUACGGCGGUGGUAACGGCUACAAUGACUUUGGCAGCGGCUAUGGCCAGCAGUCCUCUGGUUAUGGCCCAAUGAAAGGUAAUUACUCGGGCAGAAGCAGCGCUCCUUACUCCCGAGGAGGAGGUGGUGGUGGUGGUUACGGCAGGGGGGGUUACGGAGGCUCGUAUUAGGAGCGUAUAUUAGAUCUCACAUUAAGAGCAGCUCCUUCCCCAGCCCACAUCACAGUUUCGACCACACAUUAUCCUCAGCUGAUAGCCAGAUUGAGCCCCUUUAAUGUGGCACGGCAUUGACUGAAACAACUUUAUCCAGUCUAGCAGCUCACAGGUAGGGCUCGCCUAUCCGACUUUACUCAACAUCUUACAGCUACUACUACACAUCCCUUUGCUCCUGUCCCUGAAGUACUAGGGAUUGUGUUUUUUUUUUUUUUUUCGGCAAGACAUAGGACUACUACUCUGGAUCUCUACUUAUUAUAAGACUGGCCAGUGGUGUCCGGGGCAGGCUACUUGUUCGCGAAACUGUUACUCACGUUUUUUGUGCUUUGGGGUUAAGUUAAGAGUAGUAUUUCUGCUUGUUAAUUAGUGUAUGCAUGCGUUUUCCUCCUUUUAGUAUAUGUAUUGUAUUUUUAUUGUCUAUUUUCUUCUUUUCAAUACAUUAUAGGGUUGCAAAACGAUUAAUCGCGUUCAAAAUAAACGUUUGUUUACCUGUUUGUGUACUGUGUAUAUCUAUGUAUAUAUAAAUACACACACGUAUACAUCAAGGAAAAUGUUAGAUUUAUAUAUAGAUAUACUUUAUAAAAUACAAAGUAUACAUGUAUACAUCCAUAAGUGUGUGUACACAAAGAUUUAUUUUGUACGCGAUUAAUCGUUUUGCAGCCCUGCAUUUAAAGCUGGUUUUGAUUGAGAGCCAAUCGCAGUGAGCCCCUGUAGAGAUUCAAAAUUUCAUUGGCUGGCAGCAGGCCUGAUUUGCAUAUCACGUGAUCUGUUGAGUGCGUCAGUACCUGAAGUAAAAAUCCCAUUCAUUUUCUUCAUAGGACGAGACCUACUGUGAGCUAUGAGGUUAAUUGAUGUUAUAUGCAUUUGUCGAAGCCACCAGUGGGCAUUGUUUUAACUAAUUUUGCCAAUAUGUUGAAAAUAACCAUGAUUCUUAAAUAAAACAUGUAAGUGCCCACCCACUCCCAUGAAGCAUGCCGCAUGAUGUAAUAUUUUGUAUAUAUUUGCUUAUUUUGCAUUAAAUGUAAAGUUUUGUUUCUAUAUACACACUCAAGAUCUUAAAUCGGUAAUUCGCAAUGCUUCUUGGGAUUGCAGUCCUUUUCAUUGUGUACCCAUUUUGUUUCAAAUACUUUUUUUUUUUUUUUCCCGCUUAAAAUCAAACGCAAAGACGAUUGAGGGAAUUAUAACUCUUUACUUUUUAAAAAUGAAUGGGAUAAAUACUACAGAAAAUCAACGCAGCUGAAAAAGCGCACCGUUGAACUCAAUUUGCAGCCGAGUCUGCCGCCAACCAAUGAAAGAUUGAACUUUUCUUAAAUUAGCAUCGAUGGCAACUAGAAGCCGUUCGUCCUGACAUAAGAAACCAAUUUCUUUGGCGUCUCAAAAACGUAGCAACCUAAAGAACUAGUUUCAGCCUCAAAUGUUCAGGCUCACUAAAAUAACCCUCAACUUCCAUUAAUAUAGUGACUAACGUGUGUCUCCUCCCAAUUAGUGUCAUUUGUUAAAUAGUUCAAGCACAUUAUGAAAAUAUUGUCAUUGGUGUUACAACACGAACCCUUCCGUUGGGUCUCUGAAGACCGAUCUGAGUUGUUUUUCUACAGUUUAAUCAUUUAGUAAAGGACUUAAAUGCUCUUGUCUUAUUGUAUUACUGCUUCAACGGAAUAACCUAUUGAAUAUUGUUUAUUUCAGAUACAACUGAACUGUAUGUAUUUCUGAUAAUAAAAGUCAUUAUUCCGUAA